AGUACAAAUACCGCGAGAUAUUUGUACUCGACGAAGCGUAGUUGGAUAAUAAAUACAAAUAUUUGUGUUUACUUCCUGUCGCUUUCCAAGAAUUGACCAAGACCUUCAUAUUGAUGUCAUGAUAUGAACGCCAAUCAGUGGUCACGGGAGAGCGUUUUAUUUGCAUGCAGUUCCUGUUACUGAUAAUGUUCUGCGAGGGUUCAAAGGUAUAUAUCUCAUUGUCUGACAAAGUAUUAUUCUCAUAAACUGUAAAGAACCAAGAGAGCUUUCGUUAAAGCUGAAUUAGCAACAGAAAGACAGAGCAUCCCCUGAAAACUUCGCUAAAUUCUUAUUGAAGAUGGCAGCAACUCCAUUCUCACUCGAAGGGAUGCUAGUGUAUUUCGCAGAAACAUUCACAGCCGGUGUGAUUCAAUCUUAUCAGGGGCAGGGAAUUCUUGAAGACAUCCCUUUGGCAGAACAACAAGAUCCUUUGCAAGAUUUUACAGAGUUCAAUCAGCACGACACGGUCUUCCAGGAAUACGAUGCGCCAGCAGACGACAACAGCAAAAUGGCUUGGAAGAGAUCUCGACCAGAAAAAUGGUGGAUGUCGUUCUGGAAGGCCAUGAAACACGCAUUUUACAUCCAAGUUGUCGGUGGGGUAUCACUCGGUUCGCUUGCUAUUUUGAUACUAAUUUUAGACUUUAAUUCCGUUGAUCUCUGCUUUGAUAUGCAGUCUACAAAGUGGGAGGCACUUCCAAAACGGACCCAGGCGGUGAUUGUUACUGGGGCGACUAGCGAAGCCUACGUUGUUCAAAUGUGGACAUUUCUCGUUGUGCUGGUGAUGUUUGGAUGGCCAAUGAUGAAGAAACUGAACUUGUUGACUCUCAAUUUGCUCGGUGCGUUUCUUGAUAGUUGUUACAGACUAUAUCUUCAAGUUUAUGGAAUCUAUAUGAUAUCUUGGAGGUCGUUUCCUUUGAAUGGUCUGUUCGUGUCGAUUUUGCUCAUGAAUAGUUUACUACUUGGCAGAGAGGUUGCAAACAACAACGACGCCCUAACCACAAGGAGAUCUAGAAUCAAGAAAACCUUAAGGGUUUCUGCGAUGCUGACGGCUCAGUUCGCUUUUGGCAUACCGAUCACAUUUUACCUCGUUUAUAAAUUGAUUCCGAUGUAUGCAAACGCAAAGGAAACCUAUAGAGCGAUCAUCGCCGGCGGACUCCCGCUUGUUACUGCUAUACCAAAGGUCAUCGUGCGUUUGGCGGCGCAAAGAGUAGACUUCUUUCACCCAGGAGACGCACACGUGCUUUUGAGUGUACUGUACUACGCCUCCGCUAUCGUUUUCCGAGUGAUGCAGGCAGACCUUACCAGUCUUCCACUGUUUAUUGUGCUGAGCUUUGCACACGGUGCUGUAGAUUUGCUAGAAAGGUUGACCAUUGUUGUGCGAGACUAUUGCUGGUAUUUUAUUUACAAGAAACUGAAACGGGACGGUAGAGAGACUUUCAUUGCUGCAAACAGAUUCCGUACCCCCAGAAGUAUGCGCUUUAUCGCAGACAUGAGCAUUCAGAUUAUUCUCGGAGAAUCAACUGCACUGAUCGCAGCUGUUGGAUUCAUACAGCUGUUUAAAUUCAUGUACUACCCUGAAACAUCGCCCUCCUCCAACAUCCAAUUUGUAACACAGUUCUUUCUUCGCGUGUCAAUCGCUCUAAGCAUCGAUUUCUUUUUCAAUUCGUUCUCGUUUUGGUUGCAAAUGUCUUACUUAAAUGUUGCGGUGGUGCGAGUUUGGAAGGAGAAAUGGCGAAAGCACAUGCUUGUUGCUUUUAUUCUGACUGCUUUGACAUUAUGUUACUACACGACUCAUUUGUUUGCAGUGGUUGAAGCGAAAAACACUUCAGGCGCCAAAAAGCCAAAUUUCAGCUGCACAGGGCCAUUUGCAAAGUUUUAGAUCAGAGUUUCGUCAAGCAAACUACUUCCCUACCACUCCGAGAAAAAGCUAGAAUUACUUUUGUCUUCUGCCGCCAGAGAAGAACGCCAGUGACUUUGUUGACAAUCAGUAGUUGCGCGAAAGACAGCCACACUCUAUCGGGUACAACUGUUACGUGGGAAGGUAGAACACUGGAGAGGUCACAGUUAAAUACUUAGGUAGUCAUUCGCUUUGAACCUGACACGUCGAAAGUGUUUAAUUUUUCCAAUAGUUUUCGUAGCUUGAUGGCUGCCUUGGGGAGUUUUUCUCGAAAAUCAUAAUUUCUGCAGUGUAUCCCGAUGGAACGUUUGUAAUAUGCGCUGUUAUUCGACGUCAGUAUAGUUAUUAGCAAAACAGUGCACAUCAGUUCAGGGAAGUUACGCAUUGGCGCAUGGAGUAAAUUGCAAGGAAUGCAUUUUUUUCUCGCUUAUUCUUGUAGUCAAGAUAAAAUUAAAAAAUGAAAAGAUCCAUCGUCUUUGCUUCGCUUUGCUCAUCGACAUUCUCGAACCCAGCGUAUUCCAUUCCAAGAGCAUAUUACGGGAUGGAGCGAAUCAGCAUACACGGAAUUCGUUCGAACUUCAAAAGACCAGAGUCUGGCAACGUAAAAGAGCACUUCCUGAAAUAGAAA